AUGGACGUUGAUGACACAAACCUUCUUGCGCAGCGCGUUGCUCAGGACCGUGCUGCAGUCACUCAAGAGUUCGAGCGCUAUUUGGAGGAACCGGUUGAGGAUAUUCCAGAUAUUGAGCAGAACGGAGAUCUUUUCACCUAUUGGACAGCCAAACGGCACAUUUUUCCGUACAUGUACUGUGUCUCCCGUGACGUCCUAGCUAUGCAAGCUACCAGUGUUGUGGUGGAGCGGAUCUUCUCAUCAAGCAAGGAGACGGACACUCUCCGCCGUAAUCAGCUUCAUCCGGCACUUAUGGAGGCACUCCAGGUUCUCAAGUAUCGCUACCGGCAAGAAUGUUUAGAUUUCGCUGGAGACCUUAUCGCCCGCAUCGAGCAGCCAGCUAUGCAAGAUGACGACGACUCCCCACCUACCAGAACCGCGUAA